AUGCCAAAACUGAGAUGGACAAUGGAGCAGAACAAACAAACAAUAAGCCGAGAGAAGGUGCAUCAUNCCCCAAACGGAAAGCUCGUUUCGAAAUGCACUGAACAGUCUCAGUCCCUGUCAAUCAAAAGACCACCAACACCAAACAGCCAAGUCCCCACGACCACAGUUCGAACGCUUCUACCUUCUGAUCUUCAUGCUUCAAACCGUAACUAUCGAGCGGUUACACCCUGCAAUUCGACGUUGGUACGGAACAAUCCAAACAAGCAAGCCAUUCAGGCAGUGAACGCUCAGAAUAUAACUGAUAACACGGAUGUGGUUAAGCGCACGGUUCCAGACAAACGUCUAAAUGAUGGGAUUUCUCUGAUACCACGAGCACAAAAUUCAAUACGACCCCCUGGUGCAUAUCCAGUCCGAGGUUAUGAGUCUUCAAAACAGAAAUGGCGUUCAACUUUGAAUGAUUCUGCUCCUAAAGUGAUAACGACUGUAACGACAACUGCGAAACCGCAAACAAACGAACUUCAGCAUACAUUUUCCACAAAAGCUUGUCCAAUAAAUAAUGGAUUGAAAAAGGAAAGAUCGGCACCAAACGAUAAACAGAAUGGCAUUUCCAACGAACAGAGAACACCAAUUCAGGUGAUCAGUCAUUGGCCUUCGGCGACAAAACUCGCCGAUACCGCAUUGCAAACGUCCAGACCCCUUGCAAGCUCAUCCUCCGUGGUCACGGACAGACCUACCAGCAUUAUGAACCAGCCAAGAGAUUCAAGUCGUGUGACUAUUAUCCGCGCAGAUCCCAACGACUCAACCGUUAAUAGUGAGCUCAGUGAUUUUGACAAUGAGAGCGUGCACCAAUUUCCUCAGUUCCCACCAACUACUGGUCCUCCUGUUUCGCAUCGUGGUUCAUUUUUGCUUUACUCAAAACCAUUGAAUGAACGGGUAUUGAGCACCUUAUCAGAAGAUGUAGGCUGGAGUGGUCCGGAUCGUCAUUUGACAUUUACGCAGCCGCGCAACUCGUGUUGUACCGGAAAUAAUUACGCUCAUGGUCUGGUAUACAAUUCCAUGGGAAAUUUGUCAUCCGUGCCUUCAGUGGAAUACCAUCAUAUGGUCCAACGCCUACCUUCAAACGCCUCUUAUUCAGACCCGAAAGUAAACGGUUCGCUCAAAGAACUUUACGAUAUGCAACCAGGCAUGCAACGCAAUUACCGUUAUGGCGGUUCGACUGGUUAUAUUCCUAACCCAAUCCCAGAAACGGACGACUCACAGGACGAGGAGACAGAGACUUAUGCUACCGAAACUCCGGAACUCUAUCCUCCACAAUUAUACAGUAGCGAACACUAUACACCUACGACACUUAACACAUUCAGGUUCAACCCCACGCAAAACGCACCCACAAUGGGAUACCCAGUUGCAAUGGAACGAGACCCAGUAACAUCUCGUCGCCGUGCAAUGACCGCAGUGUCUCCACAUUUCGUCGAGCAGACGUACAAUUACGCGACAGAUGGGAACAACCUUCGUGUUUAUGAUGAAUCAAGCCUCUGUGAUGAUCUGGGCGAUGAACCUCACUCUUUCGACUACAUGGAUCCUCAUUGGCGAAUGCAAAUCCAAACCACUGGGCCGGAUUUCAGAACUAAACCUCAGGAACGAAUGUUCUCAUCUUCAACGUCAAACCAGAUGCAUUUUCUGAUUAAUGACCCCGGCUAUGUUCACGUACGAGUUCCCAGCAGACAGGAAACAAAAAUUCCUUACGGUGUUCAUGUUUAUCAACGCGAAACUGCAAUCCCAAGAUCCUCAGCAUAUCUACGCUCAUGCCCCCCUGAUGCUCGGCCACGAUCGUUGUGCGAUAAUCUGGCUAUGUUACGUCAAAAUGCGGAUGUAUUGAUGGAUCAGACAAUUUUUUCUCCAACAGCCAGGCAACAACCCAUGGAUCCAUUUUAUGGGAAGCCAUAUUAUAGACCCCCUGGGAGAAAGACAUAUUCUGAAUGGGAUAUUUCUCGAGUCGGUUUGGACGAUAGCCAACCAAAUCUGCAUCCCGAUUCCUACAUUCACAACCGACCAAACAUUCGACGAGGCUUCGGUGGGAAUUACACCAGACCGAAUGCAUGCUUGCUUCGUACGGACUGGAAUGGAAGAAGUGCUAAGGAUCACACAAAUCGCUCUCAGUCGUUGGAACGUACACCCGACCGAUCGACUCCCUACGGUCAAAUGCAAAGCGGGAAACCACCGCCACAGUCUUCACAACAACCAUUUAGGACAAAUGCAUCAGUAGGACGUAAUGGAACCUCCUCUAGACAAUCCAGUCCAACAACAUCCAGUGUGUCCAGUCAAAGUACCAAUCCACCUCGUGUGGACAAUGCAGCACAAUUAUCACCCAGCCCGGUUUCACGUGCAUCAAAGAAUACUAUAACAAGACCCGGAUCAAAAACGGUCACUUACUCUCUCACACCACCACUAAUCACAUGGCGAGAGAAAACGGCAAAAGAACUACAGUCAGACGAAAAGUUGAAGAACCUGCUUAUGCAGUUACCUGCUGAACUGCUGGAGACAACUAGUAUCGUUCUACUACUGAUGAGUCUUGAUCCGAAUGAACACUACAAUUGCGGUUUAGAAUCCAGACUUCGUGAAGCAUUCCAGCUGACCGCACCUGAACGGUCUCUCAUUAGUGAGUUAAAGGAGAUGAAACCAGCUCACGGAUUUUCCGUAGUAGACGAGACCGGAUCGGCUGCCGAACGCAAGUUAGCUCUCACCGGCGAAAGGAAUAUUGACUCGGACGAAUCCAGUGACGUGGCAAGAAAACUGACCGAUCCUCGAAUGGCACAGGCAUGUUAUCCACCCCGAAAUCAACUACCCUUGGAGAGUUCAGAACUGAAGCCCAGUAUCGCCUCCAGGAAUAGGAGUGAUUCUGAUACCUCAAUUGCCUCCGAUAUGGACAUGGCGGUUUCAAACAGUCUUAGUGACGAAUCUGCAGCUUAUCCCCAGCCGAACGUGUCCACAGUGCUUCGUCGCCUCGCACGAUGUAUGACCGAAAGACUUACAUGGAAGCGUCACCAGUUGGCUGACGCAGAACAGCGGGUGAACAGAAAUUCCAGUGAACAAAAAUGGCUUCGAAACAAACUGAUUGAGCUGUUUACUGGAAGUGAGCACAAUUCCUCAACAAAUUUGUUUAGUCAUUCACAAACCACUCUGGAUGGAACAGAAACCCCGAUUGGAAAUGUGGUCGUUCGUUUCGAUCGAUGGCACAACAAUACUCUGGAGGCAGUGAAGCUCCUGUGUCAUUUGUCUCGCCGUUUAGCAUAUUUGGAUGCUAGAAUUAAGUGCCUUAAUUGCCAGUCCCAACGUGAUUUUCAUUGGAGUGAUCCGGAUCCAAAACAGACAAUGGAGGAACUUAAAAAUCGACAACACCACUUACAAGAACAAAUAAAAGAAGCACAGGAUUUGCGUGUAAACCAAGAAAAUUGUCGUUUGCGAUUGCUUGAGAGCAUUCCGCCGGGUUUGAGACUGACUGAAUCUUGGUCUGUUUUCGGAACACAUUGUUUAUCCACUCCUUCCGUGAUACCGAAUGGUAACUCGGAGGAGAAAACAACAGCUGAUGACACAGUCACUUCCCCAGCCAAAAUGGAUCAGAACUAUCUCGUCCCCGUUCUCCUGCGUGAUCGAAUUUCCUUGCACCUGGCUACUACAAUGCAAUGGCUUGUGACCUACCACGUAAGUAAUCCAAUAUAA